AUGGAUCAAUUGACCAAGUCCGCUCCUUUCGUUCCGGUUCGGACAGACUAUUCUCUGCAGAAGUUAGCAAAGCUUUAUAUCUCCGAGAUAGUUAGGCUGCAUCGGGUUCCUGUUUUGAUUAUUUUUGAUAGAGAUCCUCACUUCACUUCUCCGUUCUGGAAGAAAUUACAUGAGGCUUUGAGUUCAAGAUUAUAUUUUAGUACUACAUUCCAUCCUCAGACCGAUGAUCUGAAGAGGCAUGAUAUUGAUUACUUGAUGGGGGACUUCGUGUUUCUUAUGUUUCUGAAGCGUGUAGGACCGGUUGCUUAUCGGUUGGAGCUAUCUCCAGAGUUAGACCGUAUCCAUGAUGUGUUUCACGAUUUGAUGUGGCGGCGGUAUCGGUCUGACCCAUCUCACAUUGUCUCAGUUGAGGAAAUUGAGGUUAGGCCAGAUUUGACUUUUGAGGAAGAGCUGGUUCAGAUUCUAGAUCGAGACGUUAAGAUUCUAAGGAGGAAGUCCAUAUUGUUAGUGAAGGUUCUGUGGCAGAAUCAUGUCACUGAGGAAGCUACGUGA